CCAUUACCUGACUUCAGCAACAAGUGUUAUAUCGAUUGCAACAGGUAGGGCUGCUUGAGUUAUUUGGUGAUCAGCAUGGUGCUUUUAUAUGAGAUUGAUUAAUUCCAUACAAAUAAUUCUGAGUUUCAAUCUGAUAUUGUGUUGCAGUUUAUACAUAUCAGGAAAAGAAGCGAUACUAUAUCAUCGUAAUUCUAGUUCAUUUGUUGAAUUGUGGUCAUUUAUUUAAAUUGUAUCACACUGUAAGUGCAGUUUAAUUAUUUACAGUGGUUUUAUUAAAUGGCUCCAAACAUAAAAAUUGUGCACAAUGAAAAACUAGAUCUUGGUGAGGGCCCACACUGGGAUCAUGAUACUCAAGCGCUCUAUUACGUUAAUGUAAUGCAAAGUACCAUUUUCAAAUAUGAGCCACGUACUGAGAAAAUUACCCAAGUUAUUGUAGAUAAGGAAAAAAAAACGAGUGUGAGCUUCGUUAUACCUGUUGAAGGUAUCAAAGACAAAUUUGCCAUCGGGUAUGGAAACAAACUUGCUCUUUUGACUUGGAAUGGUAUCAGCACUUAUCCAACGAAUGUUGAAAUUCUUAUCAAUUUGAAUGACGCAACCGACACUGUAUUUAAUGAUGGCAAAGUUGAUUCCAGAGGACGCUUAUGGACUGGGACAGUCUUCCCAGGUGUCAUUACUGGAUCCCAAGAACGACAUGGAGAGUUAUAUAGUAUGAAUACAGAUGAAAAGUGUGUCACACGUUACACGUUACGUACACAUGCUACUGGUAUAGGAAUUAGCAAUGGUCUUGCAUGGUCGUCUGAUCACAAAAUGUUUUACUACAUCGAUAGUUUUAAUAAUACAGUUGAUGCAUUUGAUUAUAAUAUUGACAGUGGAGAACUAUCAAACCGGCGUAUAGCUUUUGACUUUGUGAAGAAUAAUUUAAAGGGAUUUCCUGAUGGGAUGACUAUAGAUGUAGAAAAUAAACUGUGGGUUGCUGCAUUCAAUGGAAGUGCUAUACAUCAAGUCGACCCUAAAACUGGAUCCCUUCUUCAAUCUAUAAAAUUCCCCACCUCACAGAUUACUUCUGCUACAUGGGGUGGACAAAAUUUGAAUGAACUCUAUGUUACAAGUGCCAGUCACUUGCAAAUGGAACAGAAUUUUUACGCAGGACGCUUGUUUAAAGUUACAGGACUCGGUACAUCUGGUCUCCCAGGUCUUGCAGUCAAAUUAUAAAUAGAUUCUUAAAGGUUAGUCGCAAAGGGCUCUAUAAUAUACAUUAUUCCACAUAAAAUAGCAAACGCUCAUCUCAUAACGUUUAUCAAUCGUUGGAAUGAGAAAUUUCGAAGGAGGAGUACUGAAACGGACAACUCGUAUGAUGUGCAUGCCUGAAUUAUUCGACAAUCUAAUGAAUACGUAACUGGUUUGUGGAGAUAAAAUGAUCAACCGUAAUUUAGUAAACAUUCAUGCAAUACAGACCAAUUACUUGGUGACAUAGUGUAUAAUAGGCUAGGCUAUCAGCAAUAUUAUUUAGAUACAUAAAUAUCUCGAUUAACUACAGGGUAUGAAUAAUCUCCCACACAGCGCCAAAUGUUUAUAAAA